UGGAGGGGAUGGCACACUGACGUGCAGUCACUACUGUCAGUACGGUGCAGCUGCGACGGGCUACUGCGUCAACCUGCUCCGCCGCUGCCUCCAGCCUCUCCGCCUCAGCCAGCGGGAUCUGAGCUCGUUGUCGCUCAGGGGAGCUCGCCGCUGUGACCUGGACCACGCAUCGCGCUUGAGGUUUUCUGCUCUUCUUGCGCCGUGCUUGAGGAAAGCCUCAAAUCUGUGGAGCUCAGCAUGAUGUCGUCCUACUACCACCCUGCCAAGGAAACAGACAUGGCGGCUAUGACGGAGCCGCUCUGCCUAGAAAGAGAUGUGUGCAGAGUGAUCGAGCUGCUGGACCGGCUGCAGCGCAGCGGUGAGCUGCCGCCUCCCAAACUGCAGGCCUUACAGAGAGUGCUACAGAGUAAAUUCUGUGCCGCCAUCAGAGAGGUAUACGAGCAGCUGUAUGACACUCUAGACAUUGUGGGAGGACCAGAGGUGCGAGCGCAGGCUACUGCCAAGGCCACAGUGGCUGCCUUUGCAGCCAGCGAAGGCCAUGCUCACCCACGGGUGGUGGAGCUGCCCAAGACAGAGGAGGGGCUGGGCUUCAACAUCAUGGGGGGCAAGGAGCAGAACUCCCCCAUCUACAUCUCCAGGGUUAUCCCUGGGGGAGUGGCUGACCGCCAGGGGGGGCUAAAGAGAGGAGACCAACUGCUGUCUGUCAAUGGCGUGAGCGUGGAGGGGGAGCACCACGAGAAGGCCGUCGAGCUGCUGAAGGCUGCCCAGGGCUCUGUCAAGCUGGUGGUCCGGUACACCCCUAAGGUCCUGGAGGAGAUGGAGGCUCGCUUCGAGAAGAUGAGGAGUGCCAGGAGACGCCAGCAGCACACAAGCUACUCGUGAGAUUUCUCAUCUCUGGAGUCAAGGGGCUAGUUAUUCCCAUACCUCAUCCACGUCAUUGGCCCACCCACCUUACUACUCUUCUCCAUUGGGAGGCAAGACCUUAGACAAGAAGGAAAAAACCAAAGUAGCCAAAAAGACCUGUCACCUGUAUGUUUAUGAAGAUGCUGCCAGUUAGGAAUUUCUCCCUUCCCUCUCCCUGUCUGUCUUAGGGAAAUACUGAGCAAACUCGUUGUCAAACCCUGCCUGUAAUUUCCUCUUCCCAGUGUGAACUUUUAAUCCUAGUGCGUAAGGGCAACAGAUGUGUUUAGUAUGUGGCUGAAUUAGCAUAUGUGUUCAUGUUUCUAAGCCUGUUUACUUUUGUAUUCUCGUGGAGUUACUGUGUGCUGAACUCCCGAGGAGCAUGCUCUGUCUGUAGAGCUAGCAGAGUAUAACGGUAAGUUCUGCUGUCAAAUGGAGGAAGCCUGGCAUCUGUGACUUAGUUUCUCCUGCGCCACCCUCCAUCAGAUCUCCCCAACCAGAGGGCUAACCCAAAGCAUCACGGGCUGAACAGAAGACCUGUUCUGGAAUCAGUGGCUAACAAGUGGUCAAGAGGAGCGUAUUUAUGUUCUCAGGGUCCUAUGUUCACAGGGUCCUGUGAUUCUGAGGUCCUAUGUUCCCAGGGCCCUGGUAGCUUUUAUUCAUUAUUAUCUCCCAGGGUCAUAUGUUCCCAGGAUCCUGGGAACAUAUGACCCUGAGAAUGCCCCAAGAAUAUAGAGCUGGGGAACAUCUUUUUCAGGUUCCCAUUAUGUGCUAUAUAGAGCUUGCGAACAUGGGACCCUGGGAACAUUGUACCUUGGGAAUGUUGUACCCUGGGAACGUAGUACCCUGGGAACAUGGAACCUUGGGAACAAAGGACGUUCGGAACAUAGGACCAUGGGAACACAAGAACUUAGGAACAUAGGAAUGACUUCCUUACCAAGGAGGGUAACAAGACUUUGUCUGAAAUCAGCAUUCCAGAAGAGUCAUUUCCAUUUUAUUUAUUUAUUUAUUUAAUUAAUUAUUAUUUAUUUGUUUGUUUGUUUGUUUGCUUGAUUUAUUCAUGAAAUAAAGCCUGAAGUGGUUGAAA